GGGCGGUCACACGAUAAUGACAACCUGUAUCAAGGAUUGUUAAUGUAGUAGUGUCUACAUUCCAACAACUUUUGAAGGAGCUAUCUGCAGGUUUAGUGCAUGCGGGGGCGCCUUCCUUUAGCUUGUAUCUCGGGUUUGUGGACCGAGCCAUCCUGAGGAAUCUCCGUCUAUCAUUAUUUCCUCCACUGCUGCUACUCUACUACUCCUACUUCUACCACACCCAAUUGAACAGACAUAUCUCUACAAACUACCAACCUAACUUCCAUCCCCACUCAACCCACAACAUGACAACCACAAACGCCACCCUCGCCUUCAUCGGCUGCGGAAACAUGGGCUCAGCCAUCCUAAACGGCCUCCUAGAAGCCACCCGCGACACCCCCAACCCACCCAUCAACACCUUCAACGUCAGCACCAAAACAACCACCUCAGCCGAGCGUCUCCGCAGCACCCUCGCCCCCGCAGACCAAGCCCGCGUGCGCUUCACCCCCAACGACAACAUCACAGCCAUGGCCAACGCAGACAUCAUCCUGCUCGCAUGCAAGCCCUUUCUUGCAGAGUCCAUUCUCAGCCAGCGUGGCGUGUGGGACGCUGCCAAGAACAAGCUGAUCAUCAGCGUGAUGGCGGGCCCCACCGUUGCUCAGAUCCUGGGCUACAUGCGUCCUCGUGGCAGCGGGCCUGGAGGUGAGGUGGUAUGCGCAGAGAGAUCUCCGACGGUUGUGCGUGUGCAGCCGAACGUAGCGGCGCGGUUACGGCAGUCGAUGACGGUCGUGGAAGUAGAUGAUGAUAGCGAGGAGGGGCAGCAGGCCAAGGGAACAGUGGAGUGGAUUUUCAAGCAAGUAGGCGACGUGCGGUUCGUAGCGCCUUCCGUGUUCGAAGUUUCGUCGUUGUUGGUGGGUGCUUCCAUGGCGUGGGGCGCGAUUGCAUUGGACGGGGUGCUCGAUGGGUGUGUUGCGGGGGGUUUGAGACGCCCCGAGGCGCUGGAGAUGGCGGCGCAGACGUUGGCGGGGAUGGCGGCGCUUUUGAAGGAUGGGGCGCAUCCGGCUGUGUUGAGGGAGGGGAUUUCUUCGCCGAGGGGGUGUACGAUUCAGGGGAUUUUGGAGCUGGAGAGGGCUGGGGUUCGGGGGAGUUUUGCGGAUGCGUUGUUGAAGGGGGUGGAGCAUUUGCAGAGGUGA